AUGGAUCCAACACCACUGAAAGGCAAAAACACCAUCGUCACGGGCGGUUCGCGAGGCAUCGGCCAAGCCAUCGCCCUCGAACUCGCCAAACGCGGGGCAAACAUCCUAAUAACCUACAACGCCUCCGCCACCGGCGCCAACAAAACCCUCUCCCUCAUCGCCUCCCAAACCCCGUCCGCCAAAGCGCACGCCAUCCAAGCAAACUGCCGCACGGCACAACCCACCGCCGAGAAAAUCCUCCGUGAAGCCCAGAACUUCUUCCCCGACGGCGGCGGGAUCGAUAUCAUCGUGAACAACGCGGCGGACGGCGAGAUGACCCCCCUCGACGCGCUCGAUACAGAGGCGUUCGACAGGAUCAUGCACACAAACGUGUUGUUGCCCUUGUUGCUGUAUAAAGUCUGUCGGCCGCAUUUGAGGAGGGGCGUGAGGAUUGUGAAUGUUAGUAGUAUUGCCGCGAGGACAGCUGUACCGUUCAAUUACGCCUAUGGGGCCUCCAAAGCGGCCCUGGAGUCGAUUACGAGGUCCAUGGCCAUGGAGUUGGGGAGGAGUCUGGAGGGGACUGCGAAUGCGGUUAAUCCUGGGCCAGUUUCGACGGAUAUGUGGAACACCGCCAAAGGCCUCGACAUCCCCGCCGCGGAGAAGCAAAUCGCAGCCAUGACGCUCGCAGGAGACCGAAUCGGAUAUGUGGACGAUAUUUUCCCUAUCGUGGCGUUCCUGUGUGAUCCUUCUGCGAAGUGGGUGACGGGGAAUGUCACCUGUGCGAACGGAGGGUUGUGUAUGCUGUAG